AUGUCCCAAGAAGGCACGCUAAUGAGCGCUGAGAACAGGCUACAUCGUCCUCCGCGACACUCUCCUCUGAAACUAUUGAUCGCAAGCUGGACUCUCAACAUUUCCAUCCACAGGACGAUCAUAGCUUUUCACAUGCGACUUCGGAUUUGCGCAAUCCUGCGAUCUGCUGCAGUACACUUCCUCAGCAUGGUGAUGUAUUCAAAAAGCCACCCGAUUAUUUCAGCUCUUUGCCUUCUGCGCCCCUUAACAUGGGAUAUGUACUCGGCGGUCCUGGUAAUUGCGGCGACGGCCCUCACAAUAUGUCGCUCAAUACAUUAUGCUCGUCAUGUGGUCAUACUAGGGACGGUUGUUGCACAGUAA